GGUGCGCCUACGAUCAUCAUGGCGCCUGCCGUCUCGCCCUUCCUCGAUCCCGGCACAAGCUCCUCCGCCAACAGCCUCGGCAUCCUCCAGCUGAAGCGCGACCACCUUAUUCCCACCGUCCUCUCCGAUGCAUCGUCGACCGAAUACGCCGAGGGAAAUGUGGUGAACACCCGCUUCGGCAGCUUCACUCACAACAGUCUUAUCGACAAGCCUUGGGGCACACAGAUCCUCGCCUCGGUCGUGGAUACGGGCUCGCGCGGCGGCAGAUCGAAGAAGAGGAAGCGCGAAGCCAAUGGCGAGGGCCCUGCGGCAGAGGAUGCUGCUGGCAGCGAAGAGCCUGUCAGAGGCAUUGUGAAGGCUGCGACAACUGCGAGCAGUGGAUUUGCGCAUCUUGUACCGCCCACGCCAGAGACAUGGACGCUGUGUCUACCCCACAGGACGCAAGUCGUCUACACGCCCGACUAUAGCUUCAUCAUUCAGAAGACCCGCCUGCGACCGGGGGACCACAUCAUUGAGGCGGGCGCUGGUAGUGGCAGCUUCACUCACGCGGUGGCAAGGACAGUGUUCAACGGCUACUCUGGGCUGGAAGCACCAGAGGAGGACAAGGACGGACAAGAAGCAAACGGGACAACCUCACGCAAGAGAAAGAGACGGCAGCAGCGCCACGGCCAUGUCUACAGCUUCGAAUACCACAAGCCCCGCGCCGAGCAGCUGAGAGAAGAGCUCGUCUCUCACGGCCUCGACCCCCUCGUCACAGUCACCAACCGCGACGUCUACGCCGACGGCUUCUGCGUCGACACUGAAGACGAGAAUGCACCCAACGCCGACGUAAUAUUCCUCGACUUGCCAGCACCUUGGCUCGCGCUGAAGCAUCUCACGCGCUCGCCUCCUCCCCCGGCAGUCGUCAAAUCCAUCGCUUCAGACCCAUCCACGCCCACUGCCGAGCCGACCACAUCCACAUCCACACCCCAAGCACCGAAACCCUUCCGCUCGCCGCUCAACCCCAAGACCACCACCAGGCUAUGCACCUUCUCUCCGUGCAUCGAGCAAGUUCAAAAGACCGUCGCCGCCAUGCGCUCCUACGGCUGGCUCGACAUCGAGAUGUUCACCAUGGAGCAUAAGCGCCUCGAAGUGCGCCGCGAGCGCGUCGGGCUCGCCGAGGAAGGCCUCCGCGGCGCGAACCCCUCCCCCGCGACCGUCCAGGAAGCCGUCCAGCGCCUGCGCGACGUCGAAGACCGCGCCAAAGUGUUCCACGGCCUGCAGAAGGAGAAGCAGGAGCAGGUGAUGCGGCGUGCCGAGGCGAAGAAGCGCGGGGAGAAGGCGCCUGCUGCAGAGAGUGAGGCCGACGGCCAGAAGAAGAAGACCGAGGGGUUGCCGCCAAGCAAGCACGAUCGGUUGGAGCGCGCGAAGAAAGAGUCCGAGAGCAGGGCGCUGUUCAAGGAGGGCAGGCUCGUGUGUCGGACCGAGCCUGAGAUCAAGACUCACACGAGUUAUCUGGUGUUUGCGGUGCUGCCCGUUCAAUGGACGGCAGAAGACGAGGAGAAGGCGAGGAGGAAAUGGGAGUGAACAGAUAACAAACGGACAUGUUCGCUGCACGCGUUCGCGGCUUAACCUGCGAUAGAAUACAAUUCCCCACGAUACCCCCGAGCCAAUUCCACUCCUUCGCCUGCAUGCCGCCACCGUCCCCUUCCCAUUCGCUUUCAAAUCCUCUCCUGAACUGUCGAUUCGCUCGAAUGGCGAAAACACUUGUUCAUUGGGUGCGGCUACUGGCACCCAAGCGGCGCUAUCGAGCGCACGUGCACGCCGUUCAAGUACCCAGGUACCUAUUCAUAGACCUCGGCGCCGAUCCCUCGGCAACACCGCGAACGCACAACCGCAUCGUGACAUUGACACUGACAGACGAUGGUGAAACGAAGCAGGGUCCAUGCGAUUAUUGUUUGGACUAUCGAAGGGUGGUCGAAGUGAAGGUG